GAACCAUCGGAAGUACUCUCAGUGCCAGUGACACCUCAUCCACCUUCAGUAGCAGCACCAGCAGUCAAAUCUUUCAGUCUUCCAGCGCUGCGAGCAAUUCCACCCAGCCAGAGGAAGGCACGACCACAGCAGUGUUCGAAUCCGUCGAGGGCAAGUUGGUCUUGGAAGUGUCUGAUCCUGAACGCUUUCUCGCAGCCUCCACAGAGCUGAAAGGACCCUUGAAGUCCUUUCUGUCGGAGCUUCUGCAGAUCGACGUCAGUCGAAUCACCAUUUUCUCCUUCUCCUUGGCUCGGCGCUUGGGAAACCUGCGACGGCUGAUGGCCCUGGCAGUAGACUAUUCGGUGCAGGUGGAAAAUACCAAGGUUGAGGAAGUGGUCACAGAGAUAGUCUCAGGAAAUACCACUAGGAGAAGUGAGCUGCAGGAGACUUUGCAACAGGAUCUAGCUCAGAUGAACAUUACUGUUGAAGUAGUGGACGUUCAGGUGACACAGACAUCUUUGGAGAAGAUAGACCAAACUGACAAGGAUGCUAUGGCUUCGGCAUUGCUUCCAGCUCUUGUCGGUGGAGUUGUGGGAACAAUUUGCGUCCUUUGCCUUUGUGGAUGUGUGGCGAUGGCUUGUUGGACUCGUUGGAGAAAGAAGCCCAGCCUGCCCAGCAACUUGCCAACCAUUCAUGGCCACUUGGACGCGGGCGUUCAAAAAGCGCGCACUAAUGCAACCGUGGCCUCUGCCGAGAGCGGAGGCUGUUUGAGCCUCCGGGUUGAUCAGCAUUGGCAUCGUCCAACCUUGCCAUUUGUUCUCAUGAGAAUCGUUCAAGCGGAAGUGAACAUGGAAGUGGAGGCAGAGGUGGUGGAGGAGAAGGAGGAGGAGAAGAAGGAGGAGGAGGAGGAGAAGAUGUUGGUGCUUUUGCUGCUCACCGUAGCCCGUGGCGAUACGGUGAAAGGCAAAGCUUGGAAACAUUUCAGCCUGCUGAAUGAACUCAGAGCAGAGGGAUACCUGGCUGAGCAGUUUUGGGAGGAUUCCAAGGGGCUAGAGACAUCUCUGGUGAACGCUGUUCAAGAAUCUGGGCAGGUGGCAUCAGAUAGGUGUUUACGGGCCUGUGCUCCGGACCCGCCGGACUGCGGUACUCAGAUCAUUUGGAGAGUAGGCGUGCCCGCAGUCCAGGGUCUUAAAGCAGUUCACACAAUGCCAGAUGGUUCAGUGAUGUUUGUUGAGUGUAUCGAUGGGGCGGACCGAUCGGUCUUCAUGCAGAAGCCCGCUCUUUGGGACCAUCGGAUCCUUCCCCAAGAGAUCGACGCGCUAGGCAAGCCUGACUGCAGUUUGAAGGAGGUAGCCAAGAAGUCAAAGGAGGUUGAGGUCCUUUGGAAUUUGGCCGGACCUCGCACUGCCCGGUGGUGCAUUAGCUACUUGGUUGUGGAAGGUGUUGGUCUGGAAGGUCGCCAUGAGAGAUUCAGACAGUUGUGCAAGAUUGAUGCAUCAUCUUGGGGAAUCCAAGAACAUUUUCAGCUUAGCAUGGUCUUAAAGAAUGCCCUGCAGAUUGACCAAUUUGAUGGAUUCAACUCUCUGGCCAUUGAAGUCAUUUUCCGGAGGCUUCAAACCAUCGAAUACGCAUACUCCGAGAAGGCUCGUGACAGUGAAUCCAAGGCAGUUGGCGGGCGGCUCAGCCUCGAAGAGCAACAAACUUUUGGAGGACUGAACCGACAGGCAGACCCAGCUCCGAGCGCUGUGCCUCGUGAUAGUGCACAAGCCCGGGUGAGAACAAAUCUCCUUCCUCUGCCAUUGCUUGUCGAGGAAGAUCAGUGCACCAUGGAUGUCAGUCACAAGGUGCUCAACAACACCAUCCAGGCUUUGAAUUCAAUGUAUGGCUGUGUUCCGAAUGAAAAGCGGGCAUUGGCCUUGGAAGAUCACCUUUUUGGGACUGCUUCAAUACAGUGGGACAGUCUGGCUCACAUCGAAAAGAUGGUACAGCAGAUGGGCAAGCCUUCUGACAUGACAUGCCGAGGAGCACUCCGGUCGCUCCAGGCCGCCAGUGGGUACAUGGGGGACCAGCCCGUGGGCUCACUGGCUUCGUUCAACCUCGAAGCUGUUUCUCUUCCCACGCCGGGAUGGAAGCCAAUUGACUUGGCUGACAUUCGGGGCAGCAACGGGCAACAACGUGUGAACGAAUUUGUUUCAUCCGAGCUUCUGCCGACAGAGAUUGCGAAGACAAGACUGGAGGCUUUGGGCUUGAAGAGGCGAAGGAGCGGGGAGAAUGUUUUAGUGGGAACUGCUGAUUUGAAGGAUGCAUUUUACCAUUUGUCUCUUCCUCUUCCACUGCGUGACUAUUUCUGCUUGGGCCCUGUGAGGGCUGAAUGUGUGGGUGUCAGCGAAGUCAAUGGCGCUGCGGUUAGCAAGAAGCGAUUGCUGACACCGCGUGUGCAUGAAGAAGAGGUGACGUUUGGAGCCAAAAUACUGGGCUGGGAGAUCACUGCAGAUGGCAUCUUCAGACCUUCAAGACAACGUGCUUGGAAGGUUCGAAUGGCUCUUCGCGGACUGUUGCGAAGGGGCCUCGAUCCGAACUUGUUUGGAAAGAAGCACUUGAGCCGCGCUGCCAGCCUUUCUCAACAUUGGCCAGCUGGAGAUGCAGCUGGCAAAUUCAAGGAUGCCAAGAAACCAAAGGAAAGAGCAGAGAAAGGAUGUUUGAAGUCCGCUGCAGUCGUCGACCAGUUGAUGGCUGGCCACCUAGUGGAUAUGUACAAAGACGGCGAAGACCUGAGCACAGCAAG